AGAUGAAGUAUUUUUUUCAUCCAUAUUUGCGAUCUUUGACACUCUCGUGUUAUGUAAAAAUUAAUAUUAAUUUAAAAAUUCAAAAAGUUUUUGGGUUUAUACUUCAUUGGUGAUGGGUAGUCUUGCUCGUAUAAGUUUAAAUAAACUUGGAGGUUGUAAAAGUAUUAAGAUUUUACACUUAAAACAUGGAGUUCGCACCAUUACUUCAAAAUUAGAUCAACUGCCUCCGAAACCGAAACCCUGGCCCUAUAAUGAGAAGAAAUUUACAAUGUUGAAUUUCUUUUUCGAUAAAACCUCUGCUAGAUUGGACGAAAAUUCUAAGCUUGUAGUAGUGGAAGGACCUGUCGCAGCGGGUAAAACAAAAGUAGCGAAACAAAUCGCCAACACGUUUAAUAUGUUAUAUUUACCUGAAGCAAAUUUGGAUAUGUUUUACAUUAACAGUUACGGGUAUGACUUGAGGAAAUUAGAUCCUAUGUUGCCUGAAGACUGUAGAACGUUCGAUGUUAUGGAUUUUUUGAAAAAUCCAAGACACAAACUUGUUGCCAGAAUGCAGAUCGAGCAGUUUAGAGCAAAAUACUCCCAGUAUAUAGAUGCCUUAGCACAUAUUUUAAGCACUGGACAGGGUGUUGUUUUAGAUCGCUGUGUUUACUCUGACUUUGUCUUUGCUGAGAGCAUGUUUAGCCAAGGGUACAUCUCCAAAGCAGCAAGAAAAAAAUAUUAUGAAGUCAGAGACAAUUGCAUCGGUGAAUUGCUGAGACCUCAUCUAGUGAUUUACCUGGAUGUUCCUGUACCAAAUGUUUUGGAUAAUAUUAAAAAACGUGCAGUUGGUUGGGAAAAAAAUUCUCAAGUUUUAAAUGAGAAAUAUUUGGAAGUCAUGGAAUAUAACUAUAAGCAGAGUUAUUUAAGGCGAAUGGGGGAACAUGCUGAGCUUUUAAUUUAUGAUUGGAGUGUUGAGGGAGACCUGGAAAUUGUUUUAGAAGAUAUUGAGCAAAUAGAUUUUGAUAAGUAUGAUUACCAGGAUCCUCACAUGAAAGAUUGGUAUCUCAAAUUAGAAGAAGAUUAUGCUUGCCUUCGGCACUUGUAUGCAGAUAAAAAAUAUAAUUUAAUGGCUUAUUCUACCAGUGUUCCAAUGACAGGUGCACCAGAACUGCUUGUCGACGCGGAAGAUGCAGAUCAAUACCACAAGAUUUUGGCCACAGCGCCGGGUGAACAAUAUGCACCAGGAUAUAAUAAGGCCUUGGGAGAUACAGGCAUACUUUUCAAAAUGGAUCGUCAUCAGAGGGACACAUUACCUUUGACAGAGAGGCGAUUACAUUACCUUUAAAGUGAAACUUAAGUUAUUUAUAUUUUUCAAACUCUUUAUUACAACUGUCAUUGUUAAAGAAAAACCAGAUACUUGUAAUAAAUCUAA